AAAUAAUCCUGUAUCACCAAAAUCAUGGUACCAAAUUAAACUUUCACUAAAAUCAAAGCAUAUCAUAAAAAAAAAAAAAAAAAAUCUUCCAUCAUCUACUGACAAAUAGUAUGGAGCUGCCAUAUAAGGUCAUUUUCAAGAUGAAUAGCAAACCUAUGUAACCAUAUUCAAUCUAGAAACAAUAGCCUAUCAUUAUUACUAGUAGUACUCCUACUAUAUAUUUUAUCAUUACAAAACUGAGAAUAUCUCGCUUUGUUCAUAUUUUGCCGCCUUCUUUGAAGGAUCUCUCUCAGCGAUCUUCUCCAUUUCAACUCCGACAAACCCACAAAAAAAAAUGGGAUCUUUCACAGCAAGAACACACCUUUCUACAUCUCCUCCACCCUUCUUCACAAACCCACCAAAAACAAAUUUCAUGGACGCAGGCCCCUCACACAUCCACCUCAAUCCGCGAAAACCCGCCUCCAAAAAUCCCCCAGUUUCAAGAUUUCCCUUAAAUCCCACGUCGAAAAAUCCAAUCUUUCCGCUCUCCUGCGUCGCAAUCGAGCAUUACAAACCCUCCUCAAGCGUGUCGGAGAAGUUGCAGAGAUUAGGCUUCGAGUUCCGAUCUCUACCGGCGCCGAUUGACAGAGUAAGAAGACUGCUGCAAUACGCGGAGAUUCUGCCCCCAUUCGAUGAAUCUUGGAGGGUUCAAGAGAAUCGGGUGCAGGGGUGCGCGACCCAGGUUUGGCUGGAGGCGGGCAUGGACGGGAAUGGGGCGAUGAGGUUUCGAAUCGACAGUGAUUCGGAGAUUACGAAAGGGUUCUGCUCUUGCCUGAUUUGGGUGCUCGACGGCGCUGCGGCGGAGGAGGUGUUGAGCGUGAGGGCGGAUGAUUUGGUGGCGAUGAAUGUGGGGCUGCCUAGUAAGGGGAAUUCGAGGGUGAAUGCGUGGAAUAAUGUGUUGAUGAGUAUGCAGAGGAGGACUCAGGUUUUGGUUGAGGAGAGGAGGACAUCCUUUUAUUUGUUGUAAUCAAACUCAGGUCUCAUUGGCUUGUCUUGAUUGUGUUGAGAGAGAGAGAGAGAUGUGAAUUUGGACAUGCUUAUUGAUUUUGUUGAAUGCAUUUUUCUGAUUCAUCAGUUUUGAGUGUGUUUGAAUGCUUAGCUCAUUAGGGACGAUUCCAUAUUUCCAUAGUUGAUUCAUGAGAGGGAGAGAGAUCUGCUUGUGAGAAGAUCUUUUUGAUUAGGGACAUCAAUGAUCACAUACACGAAUAUUAUAUAUAUAGGGAGAGAUUAGAAGAUCACAUUACUAAAAUAUCUUUUGUUUAAGAUCCAUAGUGAUAUCUGAUGCAAUAAUCUUGGAAGACCAAAAAGUGGAGUGCGUAUUGUAUUUCAGUCCAACUUGUGUUCAUGAUGGUGGUGGUGACUGGUGAGAUACUAUAAUGGAAAGAUGUUGUAUCCAUUUCAAUACUACUAAUAGUCAUGGGGAUUGGUUCCAUAUCUAA